AUGUUGUUCAAAGCUCUCAAUCCGUUUCACGACUUAAUACCCAUUGGUCGAAUGAUAUCACAAGAGGACCCCCUCGGACUAAGGGGCAAGGUCGAUCUGGUGGCUUCGGGGGUCGGGAUGAUCUUGAGAAAACUCGACGUUACAGGGAGGAAGAUAGCCAUGGCAGGCACACUGGUGGUGACUACGGAAUGGUGUUUGAUGUCCCCUCUGACCGUGGUUCUGAACGCCGUCGGAAACGUAACCGCAGCCAGAAUCGGGACGAAGAGGCGCGGGAGCGUCGUCAUAAACGAUCAAGAUCUCCAACUUAUAAAACCAGCAGUUCUGCCCGUGAUCAUGAGCGGGAAAGACGACAAACACGGAGCAGGAGCAGAAGCAGAGAGAGACGCUCCGGUCGUGAUGGACCACUACCCCGCCCACAGCACUUUACUUUUCUCAUCUGAACCAACCACCCACCACACCCUGUCACGAAUGGCGCACACCUUAGAGUACCAAUUCGACGCUGUUGACGCCGAUGUCAUCCUUCUCUGCACUGAGAUGGAUCGCUCAACUGAGUUCCAUAUUCACAAAUGCAUACUUUCAGCGGCUUCACCCUUUUUUGACGACAUGUUCACCCUACCUCAACUAGCCGACGAUGCAUCCGACAAGGUACCUAUCAUACCCGUCUCAGAGCCUAGCCAUAUUCUGGACACUCUGUUACGAUACGUGUAUCCUGUUUCAAGACCCAUCAUUGAGUCUCUUGAUGAGCUCCUGCUGGUCCUCGAUGCCGCCGUCAAAUAUGAUUUUCCUACCGUCAUCACCGCCUUGCGCUCCCUUCUCCUUUCGUCGCGAUUCCUUCAAUUGUCCCCAAUACGCGUCUACGCCGUUGCCUGUCGUUAUGGCUUUUGGGAAGAAGCCAAAAUUGCGUCGCGGCAUACCUUAAGCGUCAACCUGCUUGAUGCACCACCAACAAAAGAGUUCAAAUAUAUCUCUGCAUAUGAAUACCAUCAACUCCUCACAUUGCACAAAACUCGGGCGUCCGCGGCCAUAGAUCUUAUAAGGGCGCCUGAAGACUUCAAGUGCAUGCAAUGCAAUGGAUCUGCAUUCACGAUGAAUGACGCACCGAAAUGGUGGCACCAGUUCGAAAAGAAGGCGAAGGCAGAACUGGCAGUGAGGCCGACGACGGAGGUUAUUUUUGGGAUGGAGUUCCUAUUCAAGGCGGCUCAGUCAUCCGGGUGCUCACGAUGUCCCGAGAGUGUGCUCGAUUCGUGGAAGUUCCUCCAGCAUCUGAAGGAAUCUAUCGACGCCUUACCAUCGACGGUGUCGGGAUUUAACUCAUGA